AUGAAGACAGCCGAUCCAACAUGGGACGGUGUCAACCUCGCCAUCUGGUCCGCAUCGGAACUCUCGGUCGGUAUACUUGUCGCGUCUCUACCCGCACUCCGAAAGCAAUUCGACAGCUUCUUCCGCCGCAUUCUCUCGUCGACCUUUCUGGGAAUGGGAUCCAAGACGGGGUCUGAUAGCAACGGAAUACCACUGUAUAACGUCGGACCACCCCUUACCGUUGGCAGCCGACCAACGAGAGGCCGUUCGCUAUUCCAAAGAGACGGUCUCGAUGAUGGAGAUAGUGAGAAGUGCAUACUGGACGAUUCAGAGCUGCCUGGAAAGCGCGAAAUAACGAGAACGAUCGUACAUGAGAUACGUAGUGAGGACAGGAGCAACGCACAGGUCCAAGAUCGGGUACACAACAUGUACGGCCAGCUUCAGUGA